CCAAAACUAUGGGUCGUUUCGUGUUGAUCACUGCCCAUUUUCCUUUCACGAGGAUCGCGCAUUCCAGAGACAUUCAGCCGUCGCGAGCCGAGUCAAAGGUUUAAAACCCCCCUUCCUAAUCAUCUCUUCUGACUUGGGUGAAAUAUCUUUCUCAACUACCACCAACUAUACACGCAUUCUGUACCCAAUUCCUUCCUCUCCAACCAUUACAGGCGUUGUUAAGCCCGGUGCGAUCGCAGGGGAAGACAAAGGGAGGGAAAGUGUUUGGAGGCAACUUUGUUCUUACCAUUUAGUGGGGACCUCUUGCAUCAUUCAUCAUUACUCAAUAGAUCUAAGUUUCUUUGUUAAUCUCAGCUUGCACUGAUAAGUUCACUAGCUGGGUUGUAUUGUGUUGCUGAUAUUUAGUGAAGUUCUCAGCUAUUGUCUGGCUACAUUAUGAGAAACGGAACUCAGAUGGUGGGUGAAUGUUCUAGCUCGACUUCCUUAAGCAGCCAGCAGGAUGUUGAGGAUGACCAGAUGAUUGCUGUUGUUCUCUCAGAAGAGUUUGCUGAGGUAGAUGGUGCAAUUGCUAGACGCCUUUCCAAUCUGGCAUCUGUUCCUCAUGUUCCACGGAUAAAUACCUACAUUCCCAACUUAAGUGAAGCCAAUUUGGAUUACCAAAGAUUGCUCCAGAGGCUUAAUAUUUAUGGUUUAUAUGAAGUUAAGGUCGCUGGAGAUGGGAAUUGUCAGUUUCGUGCACUUUCAGACCAGAUGUAUAAGUCUCCAGAGCAUCACAAGCAUGUUCGAAAGGAAAUUGUGAAACAGCUCAAAGACUACCGUUCUCUGUAUGAAGGCUAUGUCCCAAUGAAGUACAAACAUUAUUAUAAGAAAAUGGCGAAACCUGGUGAAUGGGGUGACCAUCUUACCUUGCAAGCAGCAGCUGAUAAGUUUGCUGCGAAGAUAUGUCUACUGACUUCAUUUAGAGACACCUGCUUUAUUGAAAUCAUUCCACAGUUCCAGGCACCAAAACGAGAGUUGUGGUUGAGUUUCUGGUCUGAGGUACAUUACAAUUCAAUAUAUGAAAUCCAAGACGCUCCAAUUCAACAGAAGCCAAGGAGAAAACAUUGGCUGUUCUAGAGAAAAGAGAUGGUUGAUUUUUUUAAGGCAAGGUGGUCAUAGAAUUUUGUAGGGAGCGCACUUUCGACCCAUGUUACAUAUUUAUUCUUUUUCCCAUUUUGCCCUUUCAAUUUUUCUACUUAUCUACAUUAUUUGACAUUAUAAUCGUAUAUUUGGCUACAUGCAUUGAUGUAGGUGGACAUGGAAAGUUUAAAUAACAAAGUCUAAAUAUUAUUUGAUCCUUCUAAAA